UCUAAUAUAAAAAUUAAAUAAAUACAUGUUUUCAAAAGCUUUAUAAAUAUUAUUAUCUAAAAUAAAGUAUAUAUAUAAACAGUAAAAACGUAUAUAAAAGAAAAUAAUCCCAUCGAUCUUUAGUUUUGUUCCCGCUGAAGAAGAGCAAGGAUGAAUUUCCUUACUUUAUUCUUUUUAAUUCAACUCGGCACGAUUUCGAUUCAGGUUAAUGAUCAAAGCUCGCGUCGUGUUAAAAGAAUAGUGAAUGGAUGCGAGGCAUAUCCUCAUUCAAACCCAUACCAAGUUGGAUUAGAAUUUUUAAAACCCGGAGUUUUAAAUUGUCCCGAAUACUAUUUUAAUAUUAAUUGUGGAGGAGUAUUAAUUUCGCCAAGUUACGUUUUAACUGCAGCUCAUUGCACUGAACGUGCAUUAUUAGUAGAUGUGUAUCUUGGUCUUCAUAAUUUUAACAUGGAUUGUUCUUACACCUUGAUGAGAUCAAAAAGUAUUUACAAUCACAAAAACUUCAACCCAAAAACAUUAAAAAACGACAUCGCAUUGAUUCAACUUCCAAAUCCGGUACAGUUAAGUAACGAAAUAAUGGUAAUUUCAUUACCAUCUUUAUUUUGGGAACCCUUUUUUUCUGUAAAUAAAUUUGCCACAAUCUCGGGUUGGGGUGCAACUUCAGAUCGUUUAUACGAAGAUUACCCAAAACAGUUGAGAUGCGCUAUAACUAAAAUUAUAGGCAAUGUUGAGUGCUCACGUUAUUACGAUGAUUUUUUAAUUCAAGAUACUAACAUUUGCACUGACAGUAGAGGUGGUUUCGGAUCCAUUUGUUAUGGCGAUAGCGGCGGUCCUCUUGUUGUCGAUGGAGUUUUAGUUGGUAUUGCCUCAUUUGUACAUAAAUAUGGGUGUGAAUACAAAGCUCCAUCUGUUUAUACUAGAGUUAGCCAUUAUGUGUCUUGGAUUAAAGAGACGAUUAGGAUAUGCGUUAAAUAAAAACCAUUUAUUAAUGUAUACAUAGUAAAUAAAUAAUUAUAAUUAUAUUUAUGA